UUUUCAUCGGACUUGCGGACUCUCUCUGGCCCAGCAACGGUCAGUUAUUCGCCGCUUGGCCAUCCCGAAAAAAAAGGGGGUAAAGAGCACAGGAGAAAAAGAUUGAUGGAGUCAUUCGACAAAAAAAGAAGAAGAAGAAAUAACACCACCGACACUGACACUUUGACGCAGAAACUCUUUGGCUGUCGACAAGUCGACUCCAUAGUGCGCACAGAUUCUAUUGCCCCCUCCAGGCGAUUUGCUGGCCAUCAAGGAAACUGACACUGCAAAUCUGCAUUUCAAAAAUAACCAAAAAUCGCAGAGCCACAGAGAAAAAAUGACCGGUAGUAUCGACGUGACGACGAUUCGGAUAGUUGUGUUCGCUUCGCUGUUCGGCGUCGCAGUCGUCUGCGUUGUUGCCGUCUGCGCUUUUCUCCUCUACCGGCGUCUGACGUCGACUAAUGGCGCAAGCAAAUGGACGCCCGCUACCACCCGCAUCAAAAUCAGUGGCAGCCCGUUGGAUAGCGAGUCUCAUAUUAAAUUGCUGCAUCAACAGCCCCGUUUGGGCGGGUCGGGAAUGUCUCUGGCUGAAAUGAGCCCGCUGAUGCGUCACAAACCGUUGCGUGAUUCCCGGCAACCAUCCGAAGCCCAACAACAACACCGGAUGGGUGCAUGUAUUAGUAGCUGCAACGCUUUGGCGACGACGGCAAUAACCCAACAGCUUCAAAUGACGUCAUCUUCCGCGGGGUCAAGAAAAACCCUCGUCCGGCCGUUGAGCCAAUCGGCCUUGUACCUGGCACGACCGCCCUCAUCUUCGCAGAUGGCCCACCACCACCACCAGCAGACGUCGUUGACCAAUCUGGUCGGAAGCGGUUACAUCAGCAGCGAAGGCAAGAACGACAUGCUGGACAAUCAAGGGCAAGAGCCAGCCAAGAUGGACGAUUGGCAACGGACACCACCGCAACUAGAAAUCACUUUGGUUUACGUCUCCGCUUCCGCUCAGCUCUUGGUGCACAUCCACCGACUUUCGAAUGUGACACCGCCCGUCCGCUGCCCAGCAAAGGAGUCGACCGGCACUCAAGUCAAAGUGGUGCUGGAUGGGCGAAUCAAGCGAGCUUUCCGUUCCGCUCUGGUUGCAACUUCCGCCUCCACCUCCUCGGAGAAUUCAUCAUCCAUCCGUCAGCCGAAAUCUCAGCAGCCGCAGCAACGGUGCGCUCAGGUAUUCAAGUUCCCUGACGUCACGGCCGAGGAGCUGCUGAAUGGACGUUUGACCACCACCGUUUACCUGGGGCGAGGGCGCUGGAAAAGCGACAAGAAAAUUGGAUCCUUUAACGUCCGCCUGGGUGAAAUGGCGCUGGCUGACGGUGUGCCUCGUUCUCUCACCGGACUUUUAAUUCCUCAGAAGCAGCGAGCGGAUGAAAGCGCCGGACGACAGCAGCCAGAUGAGAAGAAGAAAGAGAAGGACGCUCAGGCAGAGCCGAUGUGUCGACCGAUGACGGGAGCGCCCGAACUGGGCCAGCUACUCAUUUCCCUUCGACACGAGCAAGAACAAGAAUCCGCCGCUGGGCGGCCAUCAUCAUCUCGACGCCUCAAAAUCCUAAUCCACCGAGCCCACGGAUUGCCGCCCACCAAAACUGUGUUUGAACCCGACUACAUCGUUGUGGUUAAUUCCUGCUAUCCGGACGGAGGAUCUGAAAUUAAAGAGACCAGCCCAGCCAAGGGAAAAGCUCCCGAAUGGAACCAGACCAUUAAAUUCGACGUAACCAAUCGGCCGAUCGGAUCAUGCUGGCUUCAUUUGGUGCUCAUUAGGAAGACGAAGAAGGGGCACAGUCCCGAUACGACUGUCGGUCACUUGACCCUCGGCGCCAAUUCGACUCCCGACGGUGAACGACAUUGGCAAUCUCUGGUCAAUGCUCACGACGUGGAAAUCACGCGGUGGCAUCGCCUCACUUCACGCUAGCCGAGAAGCUAUUCCGCCAUCAUGUCUUACGACUAGCUCAUCCAUUUCCUCAAAUCAUCGUGGCUGUUACCACAAAUAUUUAUAGGGGCAAACUGCUGGUGACGUUCGAUCUCCGCGGCAGAUCAUCGCUGACAAAAAGGAAAAUAUAAAACGGGCGACCGUUUCAUUUGUCUUCUUUCCAUUUUCUUUCGGCCUCUUUCUAUAAUACUUUGCUGGUGUUAUCUUUUCGAAAAGAGCCAAACCUUAAUUCGUUUAUUAUACUGUCACUGGGGAUUUACGUAGGCAAUAAUAGAUUGUUUUCAAUCUUCUAAACCAACAGAGAAAAUGGUUCAAAGUCAAGAAUACUUACAACAGGAUGUCAGUGGGGGGAAACCAAAGAAGAAGAUAAAUUUCCCAUCAGAUAUAAUGUAGUAUAUACACUCCCCUGGCUUCUGUCAAGUUUUAAGACCCGCAUAAUAUUUCAGAUUCAUCCCCACGAUAACACACAUAUGCCUGCCCUAUAUAUUUAGUCCGUUCGGAGAGGUUGGGGAGAUGUAAAAUAAAUAGACGGAAAAG